CUCAGUUUUCAGCAUGGCGUUGUCAUCACCUCGUUAAAGAUUUCAGAAACGUUAAACCAAUCAACUUUACAAAGGAGAAGCAUUCACUCUCAGGAAUGGAUUUGAAGAAGGCAAUCAUGGAGCCUCGUCCCCUGAAGGCCAGAAUCUUAAUGUGGGCGGAUGCAACUUUCAAAGACACGGAAGACAUCAACCAGGCCACUUCCACAGAAGAUCUGGAAAGGGUUUUGAGUUCAGUGUUUCGAAUCGACUCAACUGAUCCAAAGCAAAGAGUCCUGCUGGAGCUUUAUAUGAAUGCAGUAUUGUUCAGCAGAAGAAAGAAGUUCAACAGGGAACAGACUUCUACUCUGCUGUCCAUAUUCAAAAGAGUACAUGAAGCCAAUACUGACACACCUCUCAAUAAUGCAGAACAGUGUUUCAACUACUGCAGCGAACUCUUGCUAUGUCAUUCUGUGCGGAGACCUCCUUUCAGCAUCGGUCUCUACAACCUGAAUCAGAUGACAGAUAUCUUGAAGUACUUCACAAACACCUAUAUGAGACAUUAUACAUUAUAUAAGUAUAUCUUCACCCCUCAGAUGUUUUUGGACCUUACUAUAACCUAUUCUGGAAUGUCAGGAGACAUAGAUCCUGAAAUUCUAAGCUCUUCAGAGACUCAGGAGGGGGAGAAUGGCACCACUGGUGAGAAUAUUGACAGAAAUGAAAGUGCCACAGAUGACAAGAAAACAACUGACAUAAGCAACACACAGCCUGCUGAUAAUGAACAAAAAAACACAGAACUGGCCCUGGACAAAACAGGUGCUGCUAAAAAGGUGGCGCUUCAGAGCCUGGUCCAGCAAGAGGUGAAGAGGGAGAUGCAGCUUCUCAGUGGUCACCUGGAGCAGCGUCUGAAGGAGAGCACCGCCCAGCUCAACACCAUCCUCAGCUCCAUGGAGACGAGCGCCCCGCCCAAAAAGUGAUACACCCUCUGCCGUCAUGUUACUGAUGUCUCUCUAGAGUCCGUCUAUGUCUCCCUCAACUGAAUUGAACUUAUGGGUAUAUUUUAGUGUUGACCAUACUGUAUAUUGUUACACUUUAAGACGUUGAUGUUUAGUCUCAGCAACACACUUUUAAAAUAUGAUGAAUCAUCACACAGAAACAGAGAAAGAGGUCUUUAAAGAUUAUUUUAUAUAUUUGUUCACUCUAAAACCAGCUCUUAUGUGAUGAAUGCAAUUAUUAUAUUUCGUGACCAAAGCAUUAACUGCCGCUCUUUAUAAAACAAAACAGUGACUCUAUUGUGAUUGUAAAACCGACUGAUUUCUCGAAUACAACUUGAAUGACAAAGUCUUA